AUGGAACUUGACCGUCAGGAAAGAGACAAUACGUGUGGUUCACAAAAAACAAAGAGUAAUCUUUAUUCAUUCUUAAGAGACAGCUUGCCUCAAGAUUGUCUUCUCAAUCUUCUCCAAAGCCUGCACUCUUCUGGAGACGGUUAUGGAAACAAACGUGGAGCCUACAGUCUGACUGACAUCGACGGACGUGCCCGCAGAGUUGAAUACGUUGCUGAUGGUGCCGGUUUCCGUGCUGUUGUAAAGACCAACGAACCAGGUACCGCCGCUAGUGCUCCUGCAGCAGCCGUUGUGGCCUCCAGCCAACCAGGUGUUGUCGCUCACGGACCUGCUGUAGUGAAAACUGCUGUUGCUGCUCCUGCCUUUGCCGCCCCCGCCAUUGCUGCCCCUGUUGUUGCUCCUGCUCUUGCUGCUGCUCCUGCUGCUGUUUAUGGAGCUCCUGUUUUAGCUGCUGGAGCCUAUAAAGCCCCUGCCUUUGCUGGUGGUCUUUACGGAGCACCCGCCAUUGCUGCUGGCGCUUACGGAUUCCCCGCCUAUGGAGGAGGUCUAUACGGAGCUGGA